AGGAUUCUCGAUGAAGCAGCAUAACCCUAAUUCUUACAAGUUACCCAGACGAGAUUCAUCAAAUUCCUGGUCCGAGCUUCCUCGAGAUCUCUUGAAUUUAGUGUUGGAACGCCUUGGCCUUGCUGAUUCUCGACGAGCUGAAUCCGUGUGUUCGUCGUGGUACUCCGCUGCGAGACGAUGCUUGGCGAAAAAGCAGAUUCCUUGGCUGAUUCUCUUGCCCGACGAAGAUGACGAGGUGAACAACCAUUGGUGCAAGCUAUCAUUCAUGCCAGUGUCUACCAAUUAUGGAAACAAAGGAACUCAAGACUUCAACCUCAACACCUUCAAAUCUAAUCCUCAAAGUUACUGUUUAGCAUCAUAUGGUAAUUGGCUCUUUAUGGUAGACUGUUGGUAUAAUCUCUACCUUUUGAAUCUAUUUACCCAUGAGAGGAUCGAUUUACCUCCGGUGGAGUCACAAAUUGGAACGACAAAGCUGGAGCGAACCUUAAAAGAUCACAAGCUUUACUACCUCCUAAACGACUACCGUGGUAGUAGUGGUUUUAUCAAAAUAUUCGACUUCUCCGGAGAGGUUCCGCAAGAAACCUUUCAGUGUGGUGUUCCUGGCAACAGCUCUUCACUUGAUCCAAUAAGAAAUUCAUGGAGGAUUGCCGGCGCACAACUUGUAGUCACAGUAACAGGAGAUGUCUUCUAUGUUGAAAGCUGGGCAAGACCUUUCACUUUACUCUGGUCCUUUCGCGUCUACAAGGUUUAUUCAUCAGGUUUCUUUAACAAGUUUGAACAAGUUGAUUCUUUGGGCAACGAGGCAAUACUUUUUGAUCUAGGCAUCACUGUGCUCGCUAAUGAUGACAUUGUGGGUUUUAAGAGAAAUUCCAUCUACUUCAAGACUACUUGUCAUGAACAAAACACUACUCAAAUUUGUCUCUUCAAUUUCGAGACACAGGAGAUGGAGCCACUGCACAAGUUCGACUGUUCGUCCCAACAACAACUCGCCAGAGCUCUAUGGUUCCUACCAAGUUUCAAGCAGACA